GCUGGUGGUGGAUCGGAGGGAGGGACACCAGGAGGGAGGCCUGGGCACGGGCUCCAGGUGCUCAGUGCCCCCCCCAAGACCUGGUGGCAGCGGCCCUCCCUCCCCCGCCCCCCUCACCAUGGACCUGGGCCCCUCUGCCCCCUGAGCAUGGAGCGGGGCUGGCCCCGGGGUGACAGCUGCAGCAGGGAGCGGCCCAGGGGCGCCUGUGGCCGCACCCUCAGCGUCUCCGACUCGCUGGACCUGCAGGGCUCCUCCGCCUGGGCCAUCCAGGCUGCCCUCUGUGCCGCCAGGGAGCAGCCCCCCCGGCCCAAGAGCUACUGCGCUGCCCACCCCGGGGCAGCUCCUUCCAGCACCCGCAGCCUUCUCCUGAGCAUUCUGCGCCCGCGCCCCGGCCGCCAGCAGAGCCAGUCUGACGGGCUCCCCGCCGCAGCCAGCCCCGAGCCCCCGGGCGCUCCUGAGCCCUCCACGUCUCCCAGUCCCGAGGCCCCCAGGAGGAGCCGGGCCCCGGGCGAGAAGAAGCCCCGGCCCCGGCCCACCAGCAUGACAUUUCUGGAAGUGAACCGGCUGGAGCUCUCGGGAGCCGAUGGCACGGGUGGGGGCCUGGGCCGCGCAGGGAGCUCGGGCUUCCUGAGGGGCAGCUCGCUCUGGAGCAGCCAGCGCUGGCAGGUGUUUCGGGGGAGCGGCGGGAAGAGCACCGAGUCUCCCAGAAAGGGCUUCUCGGCCUUGAGGAAAAGCUUCAGCUUCCGGCUUCGUCGGGGCCAGGAGAUCCGUCGCUCCGAGUCGGGACUGCUGCCCCGGGCCCGGGUUCGAACCAAGAGCGAUGGGGACGCCAGCUCCCUCCAUGCUUUCCCUAGUCGCCGGGACCUGUUGUACCCCGAGGGCAGGCAGGCAGCCCCAGACUCCACCCGACCCAGUACGGGUGCCAGCCUCUGGAAACUUCUUACUAGCCGCUUCCGCAGGAGGGAGUCUGGGUCAUCUGCAGCCUCUCUGGCCCGGGAGCCCCUGUGGAGCCGGCGGGCGGCCACGGCCCCCGUUCUCCUGGGGGUCCAGAGCUCUCCACGGGCAUCGGACUCGUUUGUCAAUAGCCAAGAAUGGACCCUGAGCCGCUCUGUCCCUGAACUUAAAGUGGGCAUCGUGGGGAACCUGUCUAGCGGGAAGUCAGCUCUGGUGCAUCGAUAUUUGACAGGGACCUACGUCCAGGAGGAGUCCCCAGAAGGGGGCCGAUUUAAGAAGGAGAUAGUAGUGGAUGGCCAGAGUUACCUGCUGCUGAUACGAGAUGAAGGAGGCCCCCCUGAGCUCCAGUUUGCCGCCUGGGUGGAUGCGGUGGUGUUUGUGUUCAGCCUGGAGGACGAGAUCAGCUUCCAGACGGUGUACAACUAUUUCCUUCGGCUCUGCAGCUACCGUAGUGCCAGCGAGGUGCCCAUGGUCCUGGUGGGCACUCAGGACGCCAUCAGCGCCGCCAACCCCCGGGUGAUCGAUGACAGCCGGGCCCGAAAGCUCUCCACGGACCUGAAGCGCUGCACCUACUACGAGACGUGCGCGACCUACGGGCUCAAUGUGGAGCGCGUCUUCCAGGAUGUGGCACAGAAGGUGGUGGCCUUGCGGAAGAAACAACAGCUAGCCAUCGGGCCCUGCAAGUCCCUCCCCAACUCGCCCAGCCACUCGGCCGUGUCCGCCGCCUCCAUCCCGGCCGUGCACAUCAACCAGGCCACGAAUGGCGGCAGCAGCGCCUUCAGCGACUACUCAUCCUCCGUCCCCUCCACCCCCAGCAUCAGCCAGCGGGAGCUGCGCAUCGAGACCAUCGCCGCCUCCUCCACCCCCACACCCAUCCGCAAGCAGUCCAAGCGACGAUCCAACAUCUUCACGUCUCGGAAGGGGGCCGACCUGGACCGGGACAAGAAGGCGCUGGAGGGCAAGGUGGACAGCAUCGGCAGCGGCCGGGCCAUCCCCAUCAAACAGGGGAUCCUGCUGAAGCGAAGUGGCAAGUCCCUGAACAAGGAGUGGAAGAAGAAGUAUGUGACUCUGUGCGACAAUGGGCUGCUCACCUACCACCCCAGCUUACACGAUUACAUGCAGAAUAUUCAUGGCAAGGAGAUUGACCUGCUGAGGACGACAGUCAAAGUGCCAGGGAAGCGGCUCCCCCGGGCCACCCCCAACCCGGCCUCGACCAGUGCCAGCCCCCGUGCCAAUGGGCUGGUCUUGGAGAGAAGCAACACACAGCUUGGGGGGAGUACAGGUGCUCCCCACUCAGCCAGCAGCACGUCCCUGCACUCCGACCGGUCCCUGAGCAGCUCGGCCUUGGCGGGCCCCCGGCCCGAUGGGCUGCAUCAGCGCUCUUGCUCCGUGUCUAGUGCUGACCAGUGGAGUGAAGCAGCUGCCCUCCCCCCGGGCAUUCAGCAUCCUGCCAGUGGCCCAUCUGAUGUACUCAGCUCUAGCCCCAAGCUGGAGCCUCCUCCAUCUCCCCACGCUAAUCGUAAGAAGCACCGUCGGAAAAAGAGUACAGGAACCCCCCGACCAGACGGCCCCACUAGCACAGCCGAAGAUGCCGAAGAGUCCUUUGAGUUCAUGGUCGUGUCCCUCACGGGCCAGACGUGGCAUUUCGAGGCCUCCACGGCAGAAGAGCGGGAGCUUUGGGUGCAGAGCGUCCAGGCCCAGAUCCUCGCCAGCCUGCAGGGCUGUCGGAGCGCCAAGGACAAGACCCGCCUGGGCAGUCAGAACUCGGCCCUGGCCGUGCAAGCCGUCCGCACCGCCCGCGGCAACAGCUUCUGCAUCGACUGCGACUCUCCCAACCCGGACUGGGCCAGCCUGAACCUGGGCGCCCUGAUGUGCAUCGAGUGCUCGGGGAUCCAUCGGCACCUGGGGGCCCACCUGUCUCGAGUGCGUUCCCUCGAUCUGGAUGACUGGCCCCCCGAGCUGCUGGCGGUCAUGACCGCCAUGGGCAACGCCUUGGCCAACAGCGUCUGGGAGGGGGCCCUUGACGGCUACGCCAAGCCGGGGCCGGAGGCUUGCAGGGAGGAGAAGGAGCACUGGAUCCGGGCCAAGUACGAGCAGAAGCUGUUCCUGGCCCCCCUGCCCAGUUCGGACGUACCCCUGGGGCAGCAGCUGCUGCGGGCCGUGGUGGAGGAUGACCUGCGGCUGCUGGUGAUGCUCUUGGCCCACGGCUCCAAGGAGGAGGUGAACGAGACCUACGGGGACGGGGACGGCCGCACGGCCUUGCACCUCUCCAGUGCCAUGGCGAACGUCGUCUUCACACAGCUGCUUAUCUGGUAUGGGGUGGAUGUGAGGAGCCGAGACGCUCGGGGCCUGACCCCGCUGGCCUACGCCCGCCGAGCCGGCAGCCAGGAGUGCGUGGAUAUCCUGCUGCAGCACGGCUGCCCCGGGGAGGGCGGGGGCCUGACCCCCACCCCCGCCAAUGGUUCCAGCAGCGCCGCCGAGCUGCACCGGAGCCCCAGCCUCCUCUGAGGCCUGGGGAGUGGCCGGGGGACCUGGGGCUCACCUCCUUCCCCCUGCAGGAAAGGGGGAGAGGCGUAGGCAAAGGGAGGCUCAGAGAGGAGGGAACGGGGUGGAGAGAGAGGAGAAGAACAGAGGACAAAGGAAGGGAGGGACUGGGGCCCAGACCCACCCCGGGGCCCCGAGCCGUGGGGAGGAGCCGACUGCUCAGCCCACUGCCCUGGAGGUGCCAUUGAAAAGGGACCGGCCCUUUGGAGGCGCCUGGCGGGGGAGAGCAGGACCUCUCCCCCCCUCUGCCUCCUGCCCUUCGGCUCCAGCCCGCGGCUUCGUCCGGGAAUUGUUCCAGAGCCACGAGGGACUAGCCCGGAGACGAGUGUGCAAGGGGCACUGAAGACCUGGCUGAGAUGAGCAAGGGGAUCCGUGAGCCCCGUGUAAAAAACCUGUACAUUAGAAUAUUUAUGUUUGUGUACAUACGUGUGUGAGACCAAUAAAUCCGACUGUGUGUG